GAGUUUGGGAACAGCACAGAGAGCCUGUGGGGAAGAUCUAUUGUCAUUAUAGAUAUAUUGGUAUUAGGCAGACAGGGCAAAGGUUUCGCCCCGCCCCCCCAGCUCAGUCCCCAGCUCUGCUAAUUUUUUUCCUAACAAGAGACCAUCCUCCUUGCCACUCCCUAGUUUCCCUUCUCUGGCAACGAAUGAAGCAGCUGCUGAGCCAGCUUUGGUUUUCGGGAAGUCAGAUGACCUUUUCCCUCCCGUGGCAGUCUGCCUCUCCCAGGCCCUAGGGAAGACACCAUGGACCUAAUGUUUCUCCUUUGCCUGCUGUCCCUGUACCCAGGCCUGGCAGCCUCCACUCCCUCCUGCCCUCCGAAUGUGAACAUCUCUGGUGGCACUUUCACGCUCAGCAACGGCUGGGCGCCUGGGAGUCUCCUCACCUACUCCUGCCCUCAGGGCCAGUACCCAUCUCCAGCAUCGCGGCUGUGCAAGAGCAACGGACAGUGGCAGACCCCAAAGGCCAUUCGGCUGACUAAGGCAGUCUGUAAAUCUGUUCGAUGUCCAGCCCCUGUUUCCUUUGAGAACGGCAUUUACACCCCACGGCUGGGAUCCCACCCCGUGGGUGGCAACCUGAGCUUUGAGUGUGAGGAUGGUUUCAUGUUACGGGGCUCGCCAGUGCGGCAGUGUCGCCCCAAUGGCAUGUGGGAUGGAGAAACAGCCGUGUGUGACAAUGGGGCUGGUCACUGCCCCAACCCAGGCAUUUCAGUGGGUGUGGUGCGGACAGGCUCCCGCUUCGGCCUUGGGGAUAAGGUCAGGUACCGCUGCUCCUCGAAUCUGGUGCUCACGGGCUCUGCGGAGCGGGAAUGCCAGGCCAAUGGGGUCUGGAGUGGGACAGAGCCCAUCUGCCGCCAGCCCUACUCUUAUGACUUCCCUGAGGAUGUGGCCCCUGCACUGGGAGCCUCCUUUUCCCAUCUGCUUGAGGCUACCAAUCCCACCCAGAAGAAGAAGGAAAACCUGGGCCGUAAAAUCCACAUCCAGCGCUCUGGUCACCUGAACCUCUAUCUGCUCCUGGAUGCCUCUCAGAGCGUGUCGGAAGACAACUUUCGUGUCUUCAAGAAUAGUGCCUCCCUCAUGUUGGACAGGAUCUUCAGCUUUGAGAUCAACGUCAGUGUUGCCAUCAUCACCUUUGCCUCAAAGCCCAAAGUCCUCAUGUCUGUCUUGGAUGACAAUUCCCGUGAUGUGACUGAAGUGAUCAACAUUCUAGACAAUGCCAACUAUAAAGAUCAUGAAAAUGGAACGGGGACCAACACCUACGAGGCCCUAAACUGUGUCUAUAUCAUGAUGAGUAACCAAAUGGAACGCCUCGGCAUGGAAACGAUGGCCUGGCUGGAAAUCCGACACGCCAUUAUCCUUCUGACGGAUGGAAAGUCCAAUAUGGGUGGCUCUCCCAAGACAGCUGUUGACAACAUCAGAGAGAUCGUGAACAUUAACCAGAAGAGAAAUGACUAUCUGGAUAUCUAUGCCAUCGGGGUGGGCAAGCUGGAUGUGGACUGGCGAGAACUGAACGAGUUGGGGUCCAAGAAGGAUGGUGAGAGACAUGCCUUCAUUCUGCAGGACACAGGGGCUCUGCAUCAGGUCUUUGAGCACAUGCUGGAUGUCUCCAAGCUCACAGACACCAUCUGUGGGGUGGGGAAUAUGUCAGCCAAUGCCUCUGACCAGGAGAGGACACCCUGGCAUGUCACUAUUAAGCCCAAGAGCCAGGAGACCUGUCGGGGAGCCCUUAUCUCCGACCAGUGGGUCCUGACAGCAGCUCACUGCUUUCGCCACGCUGAGGACCGCUCCCUGUGGAGGGUCACUGUGGGGGAUCCCAACUCCAAGUGGGGCAAAGAAUUCCUUAUUGAGAAGGCAGUGAUCUCUCCGGGGUUUGAUGUCUUUGCCAAGAAGAACCAGGGAAUCCUGGAGUUCUAUGGUGAUGACAUCGCCCUGCUGAAGCUGACCCAGAAAGUGAAGAUGUCCACCCAUGCCAGGCCCAUCUGCCUUCCCUGCACUGUGGAGGCCAAUCUGGCUCUGCGGAGACCCCAAGGCAGCACCUGUCGGGACCAUGAGAGUGAACUGCUGAACAAACUGAGCCUUCCAGCUCAUUUUGUCGCCCUGAAUGGGAGCAAACUGAACAUUAACCUCAAGAUGGGGUUGGAGCGGACUAGCUGUAUCCAGGUCGUCUCCCAAGAAAAACACAUGUUCCCCAACUUGACAGAUGUCAGGGAGGUGGUGACAGACCAGUUCCUAUGCAGUGGUACUGAGGAGGAUGACAAUCCCUGCAAGGGAGAAUCUGGGGGAGCAGUUUUCCUUGAGCGGAGAUUCAGAUUUUUUCAGGUGGGCCUGGUGAGCUGGGGUCUUUACAACCCCUGUUUGGGUGCUGCUGACAAAAACUCCCGCAAAAGGGCUCCCCGCAGCAAGGUUCCGCCGCCGCGAGACUUCCACAUUAAUCUUUUCCGCCUGCAGCCCUGGCUGAGGCAGCACCUGGAGGGCGUCCUGAACUUUUUGCCCCUCUAAUCAUGGUCACUGACUCCUCUCCUGUCCUGCUAGGAUCUGCCAACUCUCCCAUCUCCUACCUCUGGAGGCCCACCCUCAGACCCUGUGACCCACCCUCACUCCUAGCUGAGUAAAUCCCGGUCUCCAGGAUCCCAGAGGGGGCAUGCAAGCUGGCAAACCCCAGGGGUCCUGCCAGCUCAACUGCCUGCUACUCCCUCCUCCUCCUCCUCAGUCUGCGCCCAAAUUCCUGGUUUACUGACUCACGCUCCUUUCACUUUCACAUGGAAUUUCCCAAUUAUGAAAUUAAUAAAAACCAUUGAUUUCCACA